AUGGACCACACAGGCCCAAAGGCUAUCCUAACCCACAAUGUACAUGAAAUAUCACGGGCAACCUCUCCAGGUGGCGAGCCCGCAGAAAUGAAUGGGGUCAGUGAGCCCAAGGCACGGGUGCGCCCUCGCACUUACCCAUAUUUCAAAUACCUACCAUACACGCCCGAGGAUGAGGCCGAGAGAGAGAGGAGCCUGCGAGAGAUCCUGAAGCAUCUCUACGUUGCGGUAGAAUCGGGAGACUUCAGCCCUGGUGCGGUGCACUGGACGCGAGAGCUCCGAGGAUGGCUCUCUCUCAAGUUUGAUCCUACUCGUACAGAGCGCAUCAAUCUUGUGAAGCUAUACUAUGAGCUGUCACUCGCACCGGGAAUUGACCCCAAUGUCUCCGAGCGAUUCGCCAGCAUGUUCAUGCUCCUCACAAAACGCAAGCAUUACCUGCGACCGGUCAAAGACCUAGUGCUGGAUUGGAGGCCUCUGUACAGAGAACUGAAAGCUUUUGUCCUGCCCACCGAAUCCGGUCUUGUCCACUCCACCAAUCUCAAGCGGAAUGUCAAGACCCUGACGAAGCUCUGUGCAUUCGUUCAACUAUAUGUCGAUCCGUGCGAGAUGCCAGCAAUGCUGGAGGAAUUCCUCCCUCACUACACAACCUCCUUUUCUGAAGGCGCGUUCGUCGUCGUCGGGUUGAUCAACCUAAUGCUCCCUACGUCUCCUCCGCCGGAAUCCAGGGAGGAUCUGCUUCCACAUCAUUAUUUGCCGACAUACUUCCAUCUUUGGUCCCUAGUCAAUCGCUCGAAGACCUUUGAUAUAACCUUCCUCGAUUUUCUAUCUCGGCUAGCUCGGGAUUCGCUCCCUGCUAGCCAUAUACCUUUCUCUGAAAAUGGUAUCUUCAGCAAGGAACAGUCCGCACUUAUCUUUACCGCUAUCCUGCGACUGCUGGAGAUCCCCGUCGGACAGUCUACUUCCCCGUACAGUGCCCUUGUUGAUAUCUCGUCUGGCUUGGGCAUCAUGCUGGAUCGCGACUCCAGAAAACAUCCAGUUGCACAUCACAUUGCCCGGUGGAUCGUCAUGUCGCUCUCACCUGCGUGUGUGGAUGCGCAAGAAUCUAUCUUGACGCGCCUGGAGGGUCUCAUACAGGCCGUGGAGACCUUUUUCCAUCCCUCGAACUCUGGAAGCUGGACAAAGACUCUGUCUCAACUGGUCUACUAUCUGACCGACUUUUUUGUAAUGCGCUGGAACCGAGAGCAAAGCGGGGAGAUGGAUGUUCCGCCAGAGAGGCGUCUCACAGAGCCGUUGAAACGGCGCUUUGUCCUCUGCCUGCGUGAUGUCGUCUUCAUGGGCAUCUACGCCAAAAGCGGUACCGCCAUGAGCUUCUCUUUAUCCACAUUGCAAGGCCUGGCCUUUUUGGAGCCACACCUCAUCCUUCCCGGUGCUCUGCAGCGAAUCUACCCGUCUCUUCAGGGUCUUGUUGAAGUCCACCGCACAACGUCAUCGCUCCGAGCCCUUCAAGUUCUUUCGCGGAUUAUCUCGCGGACCAAAGGAUACCGGUGCCAUAUGACGACCUUGCUGGGGCUAACGCUGCCUGGCAUUGACGCCAACGAUCUGGAGAAAACUCUUCAUGCCUUGACGUUCAUCCAGUCGGCAUGCUACAACAUACCGAUGGCUGACCUGGCAACGGGAAGAGAAGAUGUCAACUGUAAUAUGCUAGCCAUGCAAUGGAUUACAGGUGAAAUGGAGCGAAUGGAAGAGCAAGGUGUUGAAGUCCAGUUGAAUUACGAUACUGAACUGGACGAUGAAACCGAGGAAAUGAUCCUUCGCUCUUCAACAUGCGACUUUGGUGACUUCAUCGUGUCCUUCCUUGGGCGUGUUUUUACACUCCUGGAGAAUUUGCCGGAUGUGAGCCGAGUGCGAAAUGGGUCACCUGAAGAGAAUAUUGUGAACACCCUUCCUGCAACGUUUAUGCCGCUUUUAUCCUGCCUCUCUCCAGAGUAUUAUGACAUUGCCUUGUCGAAGGUGGUUGAUUUUGUGUCGAACCAUGUUAUCCAUCAAGCACGCGAUGCAAUGGCCUUCAUUUGCAACUCUGUGUGCAAGGUCAACCCCGAAAAAGCUUUGAAACGCUUCAUUCCUGUUUUGACCCAGGCGAUUCGCACGGAAAUUGAUGACAAUGGCGCCGGCUCCACCAGGACCACUGGAACAGACGUUCUCCCUCGUGAUCGCGGCCUAGUCUGGAAUGUUAGUAUGCUGAGCAUGUGCGUUGUCCAUGUAGGGGACGCUGUGCUGGCCCACAGAAAAGAACUCUUUGACAUCGCUGUGUAUAUGCAGCAGAAAUGCAGGGGUAUCCCGACUGUGCAUAUCUCCAAUUUUGUCCAUCACUUGCUCUUGAACCUCACGGGAACAUAUACCGCCGAUUACUCCUUGUAUGAGCCCGACGUUGCCGCUCAAGGCAUGCAGCCGGCACUCUGGAGUUAUCGACAGGACCCGAAAAAUCUCACUGUCAAGUGGCAUGUUCCAAAACAUGAAGAGCUCCAGUUUGCGGUCGACCUCUUCCAGAGUCAAGCAGAAACCGCGUUGAAUCAACUCACAGCUCUAACCAACGAGGCUUCCAGUGUGAAGAGGGAUGGAAGUGGCAAGGAUUGGUCUGAUGAAGUUAUCAGGAAUCUUGUUCUUCUGCGACUGAUACUUGCUGGUGUCUCUGUACUUUUCGAUCCGAAGGCCGCCUCAAAAACAAAGAUGAACGGCAUCAAUGGCUCGUCUGACGUCCAUAUGACCGGCGCCUCCGACCCAUCAAUUGAUGAUGCCGAGAAUGACGAUCCUGAUUCUUCUCUCGAUAGCUCUGAUGAGGCAACCAUUCGUGAGACCUUUUCCUACCCGACCGGCUACCCACUGAAGGAAUCUGAUCCUAUGUACACCACCAUUCAUGACAUUCGUGAGAAGGCUGGAUGGGUCCUUCAUGAAGUGCAUAGAUUCCUCUCUGACAAACAAGAGGAUGACGUUCCUUGCUUCAACUCCCUGUACUCGGCAUACAGGUCGUGGUUCGUUGACGUGGGUAUCGAGAGAUCUGCUCAUGUGCUGGACAGAGUCACGCGGCUACUUGCUGCAGACAUUCAUCCCUACAAGAUGAGCGGUGUACGCAAGGACUACCCCCGUCCGCUGCUUAUUCGAAGGGCAAACGUCUAUCAUUUGCAACGCCUGAGGCACAACGCAGCCCCCCGACGUAGAUCGCGCUUGGACGAGAUCUUGCUGCUAGACCUUGCCGAAUCAUGCGUCUCGCUCUACACCGAGACUCGUCGGAAUGCUCAGAGCGCGGGCGAGUCCGCUCUCAAGGCCGUUUGGGGUGCUCGACUCCUAAUCAUCCCACCUCUCCUCAGCGCUCUGCAGAAAGGUGUCAAGGAGAAUGACCAUGCGAGAAUCAAAGGCGCGCUGUUCUCCCUGCUCUUGAGCAGCGUCGCAAAAACGGCUGGACGUCACUGGAAAUAUACCCCGACGCUAGUCAAAACAUUCAUAGACGCAAGUGCUGUUGAUAAACCAUCCGUACAAAGGAUCUGUUCCGGCGCCCUGUAUCAAGUUAUGGACUUCGGUCGUGCUAUGGACAGAAUGGCCAUCCUCGACCAGAAGAUCAUAGAGGCAAUUGCGCCAACUGAAAAUGUCGAGGAGCAGAUCAUCCAGAAGCGCAAGAACAUCAACCAGAAGCGUGCUGUUAUUGAGAAAAAGAAAGCCGAGCUUGCGGAAGAAUUGGUCCAGCUAGCAAAAAUAUCUCAUUGGAAAGUUGCCAGCCGGGCAGCUACCAUCGUUAUUACCAUGGGACUCAGGUUCGAUUACAUUGCCAGCGAGAAUCUUGUCGACCUCGUAACCCACGGUUCGAUUGAUGAUCACCCCGGCUUGCGAGGCAUGUACUCCCAGGCACUAAUUGCGUUGUUCACCAUGGUGGACGUUCGGGCGAUCUGCAAGCAUGACUAUAAGAGCUACAUCAUGGGCCAGCAACAUUUCCCCUCGAAAAUCAACGUGGCCACCAAGCGAUAUGAGGAAGGAUGGACUGAAGAGUACAUGGCCAACUUUGCUAAACCAGAGGCCGAGUACUAUGUCGACCACGACUUCCCUGGGUGGCUGGUGUGGGCAGACAGUAUGCCUGCGUACAAGUCCAACGUGGCCCGCGAUAUUGAAUACGACGAGGUUGAAUGGAAGGUGCGAACUCACAUGGGUAAACUAUUUGACCGCAAAUGGUUUUCGACAUUUUUCAUGUACCUGAAGCAAGAGCCACGCGACCCGUCGGCAGACAAGUUCCGCAUGCCCUGCGCGAUGAUGCUUCUGUAUACCUUUGAACUGAUGCUGCGGGAUGGGCUCACCGCCGCGACGUUCAAGGACAUCCAGGAAGAAAUCGAGCUUGUCUUCGAGGAUGGCAGUGAUAAGCAUCAACACAGAGCCACUGCCGAGAUCCUUGGGGCGCUGAUCAGCUCUGUCACGGAUACAAGCGUGGAAAAGCGAACUCUCGUGUGGGAGUAUGCUUUCCCAAUCGUUCGAAAGAUUUUCACGGAUGGUUUGACUCCCGAGAACUCUGGAUAUUGGACAACUUUCCUUCAUAUGAUCCUCCAAUGUCGGGAUCCGCGAAGAGCCUGGCCACUGGUUGACUGGCUGGCAAGUUUCCGCUUGGAUAUGUCCACCAAUGCCGCCUUCAAGGAGAGCUCCAAAAUCAACCUCCUUCACCAGGCCAUCAUAGACGCAGGUUGGCAUUUCCAACUGGAGAAGCCGAUCGUUGAAGAUUUUUUGGCUCAUCUGGACCAUCCCUAUAAGGGUGUUCGUGAGGCAAUGGGUCAGACUAUCGCAACGAUAUACCGUACAAGGUAUCAUGAGUCUUAUGCCGAUGUGAAACGCCUUCUUACGGCGCAGGAGUCUGCGUCUUCAGUCGGUACCUAUCCGUACCAACCCACGGAGGAGUUCACCAAGAUGAUUCACGACAUCUUCACUCGGAUAGAGGCGUGGCGGCGUGAACGAACACCUGGCCAGCAAACUCCAUCUUCCUACACUUCGGGUAGUAAGACGGUUCUGCUCUGGCUUGAUUCUACACUUUCAUCCCAUGAGUGUACCCAGCUUGUGCCCUUCUUCCCUGAUGUAUUCACGGGUCAACUUUUACACAUGAUGGAUAUAAAGGAAGACCCGGAACUUCAAUCUCUGGCCUACCAUGUCUUCCGUCAUCUCCCGAACAUUCCUUAUCCCGCAGAAGAGAAUUCCGGAUUCAUCAAAUCUCUCAUCCACAUUGGAAAAACUUCGCCCUCAUGGCACCAGCGUCUACGGGUGAUGAUCAAUAUUCAGAUCAUCUACUUCCGCCGUCUCUUUCUGCUUUCUACUUCGGAUCGCGAUAAGCUCUUUGAGUGUGUGGCAAGUAUGCUGGAAGACCCUCAACAUGAGGUGCGGGUCGGCGCAUCAGCUACUUUGUCCGGCAUGGUCCGCUGCUCGCCCAUAUUUCUUCGUGAGGAGAUGGUUAGCCGGUUCAAAGAACGCUUCACGAAGAUACUUGUUGAGAACCCCCUUCCGAAGCGGCCAAAGAUGCUCCGAUCUGGGAUUUCGUCCCCUGCAUCCUCUGGAGCUGGCACACCAACACCUGAGCACACGCGACUCAUUAUUACUAGGCACGGAGCUGUCCUAGGCCUUGGCGCACUCAUUCAAGCAUUCCCAUACAACAGCCCCCCGCCAACCUGGAUGCCGGAAGCCCUGACCACUCUAAGCGUGCGUGCCGCAGGUGAUCCGGGUAUUGUGGGGUCAAGCGUCAAGUCCAUCAUCAGUGAGUUCAAGAAGACAAGACAAGACACUUGGCAUAUAGACGCAAAGGCCUUUACUUCGGAUCAGCUGGAAGACCUUUCUGGGGUGCUCUGGAAGAGCUAUUUUGCUUAA